AUGAUUGAAGACAACAAUGUUCGCGAAAAACAUUCCAAAAAGGAGCAAUUAUGUAAACCAAACGAUUUCUUCGAUAAUGCUACUAGUAGUAGUGCAAUGACCGCUGAAACAGUUCUCACAUUUAGUCAGAUGAAUCUCUCUAGGCCACUCCUGAGGGCCAUAGCAACAUGUGAUUUCACCCAACCGACUCAAAUACAAAGUGCAUGCAUACCUCUAGCACUUUUAGGUCGUGAUAUAUGUGCAUGUUCUGCAACAGGAACUGGUAAAACGGCAGCUUUUAUGCUGCCUAUUUUGGAACGGUUAUUGUUCCGACCAAAGCGAAAAGCGGUGACGCGGGUUGUAGUAUUGACGCCAACUAGAGAAUUAGCAAUACAGGUAUUUCAAGUGAGUCGACGGUUAUCGCAAUUUAUGCACGUUGAUAUAUGUUUAUGUGCAGAAGUUGAACCUUCUCGCUGA